UAUACCAACCCUUGUUUAUUUUCCAAAAGGUGUCUCUGCAAUGUGGAACCACAGAAUCAAACACAAGUCUUGGAAUUCCUGCUCCUGGGGCUCUCAGAUGAUCCAGAACUGCAGCCUCUGCUCUUUGGGCUCUUCCUGUCCAUGUACCUGGUCACCGUGCUGGGGAACCUGCUCAUCAUUCUGGCCGUCAGCUCUGACUCCCACCUGCACACGCCCAUGUACUUCUUCCUCUCCUACCUGUCCUUGGCUGACAUCGGUUUCACUUCCACCACCAUCCCAAAGAUGAUUUGGGACAUCCAAACUCACGGUAGAAUCAUCUCGUAUGCUGGCUGCCUGACUCAGUUGUCAUUUUUUAUUAUUUUUGGGUGCUGGGACAGUGUACUCCUGACCAUGAUGGCCUAUGACCGCUUUGUGGCCAUUUGUCACCCCCUGCACUACCCGGUCAUCAUGAACCCCUGCCUCUGUAGCCUGCUGGUUCUGAUGUCUUUUUUGAUCGGCCUUUUGGACUCUCAGUUGCACUGCUUGAUGAUAUCACAACUUUCCUUUUGCACAAGUGUGGCAAUUCCUCAUUUCUUCUGUGACCCUUCUCAACUCCUCAGGCUUGCAUGUAAUGAUAUCUCCACCAAUAACAUAUUAAUCUAUUUUAUUGGGGCCAUCUUUGGUGGUGUUCCAGUCUCAGGAAUCCUUUUUUCUUACUAUAAAAUAAUUUCCUCAAUUCUGAGAGUCCCAUCAUCAGGUGGGAAGUAUAAAGUCUUCUCCACCUGUGGCUCUCACCUGUCAGUUGUUUGCUUAUUUUAUGGAACAAGCCUUGGGGUGUACCUCAGUUCAGCUGUCUCACACUCUCCCAGGAAGGGUGCAGUGGUCUCGGUGAUAUACACAACAGUCACUCCCAUGCUGAACCCCUUUAUCUACAGCUUGAGGAACAAUGACAUCAAGAUGGUCAUGAAGAGGCUCUUCAGAUAA